GUGAAAGUCUUCGGAUCAAAAAUGAAAAUCUUCUCCGCAGUAUUCUUGUUAGUUUGUCUCUUAGCAAACUUCUCACAAUCAGUUCCUCUGAAGGGAGACGAUCGCAGGAAGCUUAACGCCGAAACAAGGUCCCAACCUUCCGACGAAGUUCAACUCAAACGCUUCGAAAACGACCACAACGCGCUGGACAACUACCAGUUCAACUACGCACUAAGUGACGACCAGACGCGGGACGAGGUCGGCACGCUCAAGGACGACAAAGACGAGGAGGGCAACGAUGUGCGCUUCUUCGUGGUGCGAGGGUCAUACUCGUUCACCGGUGACGACGGUCAAACCUACUGGGUGCACUACACGGCCGAUGAGACUGGAUAUCAUCCUCGAGUGGGAACAGGCCCCGACCCGGAGAGGACAUUUUAGUGGGUAAAAUGAAAUGAUUGGAGAACAACAACGAUGACGGUUAAUGCAUUGUAAAUAUACCGUAAAA